AUGCAGCAGGAGUUUUCUAUUUCUGAAAGUCUAAGCCAUUGUUCUGACUAUGAUGAUAUUUUAGAUUUGGACGGACCAAUGGCUUAUCCAUCUCGUGUCCCCAGUUUGAUGCCAACGGCCUCAAGUCGUGUAUCUACACAUGAUGGCUGGCAGCAGGAGAUGUCCUCAUUCCCAGAAGUCAAUGGUCCUUGCCAUAAUUGUCAACCUUUGCUGCAGUCACUCAGCAGCCGUCUUAGCAAUCUGGAAGCUGAGGUUGAGAAACUAAAAAGGAAGCAGAAAAAGGUAUGAAUAAUAAAUAAUAUUCAUAGUAGCAGUCAAAACUGAGUAAUGAAUACAUAACAUAGUUAAUCAAGGCUGGUUUUAGCAUUGUAAAAUAUAAAAUGCUGUUCAUACAACAUAGUGAUAUUAAAUCUUACCUUGUUUGGAGUCAUUUUGCUAUCCCUUGUAUGCGUACAUGUAUGUGAUGAUGUUUCACACGUGAUGACAUUAACGCUUAUGCCUACAUCAGACAUGGAGACACCGCUUUGAAUUAAUCUUUGACUAGCAACUAACAGUAAAAAUAUUCAGUGAGAUUCCCUCACUUAAUAUAGGAAUGAUUUUCAUUGCUCAGGAACAAUUUAUUUUAGUGCAGUAUUGAAUUCAAAAUUCCACUUCAAGUUAUAGUAAAUAUUUGGUAAAAUGUACUGGAUAACUGAGCUGAGUUUACUGUAAUUAAUGAAACUGACUGCAUUAAAUCAACUGAGCCACAGAUAUGUUAGGGGGGAGUUCUAUUGCUGGAACAUUGCCACAAAACGACAUCCGAGAAACAAGUGCAGAAGUUCUAUACUCCUCCUGUACUUAUGAUGAAGAUCUAGCCUGGUUCCAGAAAGGCCAAUUAGUGCUAAUCAAGGAUUAAAAUUUUGUUCCAUUUUUGUACUUUACCUUCCUAUGCAUUGCUCAAAGUAACAUUUUGUGUUAUCAUUACAGUAUCUCGGAGUAAAGGCUUGACAAUAUUUUGUAAGCUCGAGUUGCAUCUUUUUGGACAAGAAAACCUUGAUUCAAAUACAGCUUAAUCCUGAGUUAAACUACCAUCUUUCGAGGAACCGGGCCAGUGGCUUAAAUCUGAUUGGUUGAAGCAAAUUUUCCUUGUGACAUGUCACCAACUUCAAGCAUAUAAGGCACAUACUUGUGGUGAUGAAUCAUCAGCAUGGAAAAUCUGCAGUUGUUCGUCAGACAUCAUUUUACGGGAAAAAAUAAAGUUGAUAUUAUUUUGCUUACUUAUUAAAGCUACCUUGCCCCUAACCAUAACUGACAUUAUGUCAACAGGGAAAACCAACUUCAGAAAAUGAGGAUGCCCAAGAUACAGAAAGAUUUAAUGGUCUUACUAAGGUAAGUUAAUGACUUUCUUGUUAACAUGCAAAAACAUAGCAAAUACAUGCUGAAGAUCACAACUUUGACAUUCAUUUACAGAGCUUAUAAAACUACAUAUUUCCAAAAAAAUUCAACGGGAAGCACUAAUUUUCUAUAAUAUGUAUAUUGCUUUUUAGGAGGCAUUAGUAAAGUCAAUAGAUGACAUUUCAGAUGCCAAGACGGCAGCCGAAGUUCUUGCAAAGAAGCUGUUCACUCAGGAAGAGCUUCAAAAAUCAUCAGUCACUGGAUUUCAGUGUAAUAAAGAUUACGAGGCACGCCCAGGUCUCAGCCCAUCUAGGAGGAACUUAUUAGAAAGUAAGCAGCAAACAAAAAUUAUUAUUUUUAUUUCAUGCAUGUAUGAAAACAUGUACAGUUAACGCCUUAGUUAAAGCCACCACCCUUUGUGCACGACAAAGUGGUCGCUUUAAAGGGUUGUCUGCGGAAAAUCAAAUUUUUGAAUUUCUACUUAAAAUGGUGGUUUGGUCGUGAAAUAAAUUUAAGUAGUGGUCACUUAUGAGAGAGGUUUAAACCAGUAUUUGACGGAGAAACAAAACCGGUUACUUUCAAAGUGCUGACACUUAUGAGGAUGGUAACGCUUGCCAUAAGUUGUCACUAUGAGAGUACUUUUAUAUUAACCCAGUUUUUUAAAAUCCCAUACAAACUCUGUAUUGUUAGAUUCCCAUAAGCGGCCAGCUCUAGUUACAGACACCUUGUUUGAGUCCCAAGGGUGUCUACUCACAAGAGCUUCCACUGUACUAAUUGCUUUCCUACAACCUUUACAAUGUGGUCAGUUACCAAUUCCUAAAGGAAACAUAGCUUCAUUAUUUGACGUAAAUAUGCCCAUGCCAUGUUGACUGUUUUAACUGACAGGAUAUGUAAUUGCUUUAAAAAUCAGGAGAACAGAACACUUAGACUUGGGAAUCUAAAUGUCACAGGAAACAAUUAAGAAAUGAGGUUCAAAUUCCACAGUUCCAAUUAGUGUAAUAGCCAAACUGUUUUAACAUAGCUUGACCCCUGUACUGUCUGCUACUAAUAUUAUUAAAGUACAAGCAUCAGCGUGCAAAGAAAGUAGUGUCCGAUAGCCUGGGGCUAGUGGAUUUUGCUAUCGGGCUACAGUGAAUUCUGUUUUCAACUUGCCCGACAGGCAAGUGAUGUUUUUUGAGGAAUUCGAAUAACAGAAGAACUAUGAAAUCAAUUCUGCUAGUUAAAAAGUUUUUGGGGCUAGUUGAAAUGACAUCUGGGCUUAUGAGUAAAUGCUAGCUUCAGCUUACCCGAAUGGCAAGCUUUAAAAAUGAUUUUCUUUGCACCCUGAAGCAUACAUGAUAAAGGAUACAUAAUUAUUCAGAUGGUAGUAACAACAGUUAAUAACAGCUCAUGGGUCAACAAAAUUUUUUUUGUUUCUUUGGCUCUUUUCCUUUAACAGGUAUUGUGUUAAGAAAAGCAUUUCCUGGGUCAACUCGGUCAUCCGUGAGAAAAGACUUAAGUUUGGUAUUAAAGAAGGCCAGAGCUAGU